UAAGGUCAAGAAAAAAGAAGAAGAUUCACUUUGUGAAGUAGAAAGGCACACGGGAAAGCAAUGAACUGAUUUUUUGCUUUGUUUUUUGACCUCAAAUUCGCUGCAGUUAAGUCAACUGAACCCGUGAGGAUAGCGAAAUUAUCUUAGAUUGUCUCGCUAUAUAGGUCAUUCAAAGCAGGAGGCAAUGGCAAAUGACAUAGUUUCUGGUGAUGGGCUGCAACCCAAUCUGUUGGUUCAGAGUUUUCCAUGGCUAAAGUUUGUUGUUCCAUUGAAAUGGAGCCCAGGACCUUGAAUGAAGGACAGCUCCACCAUGCUAGGGAAGCAGCUGUGGACAUAGUACAAAAGAUGGAACCAAAGGAAGCCUCAAAUGUAUUCGCGGAUGGAAUGAGACAAGUGGUUACAGUGAAGGAGAUGGAGCAGAUGGCGGAAAAAGAGCAACUUGAGAAGCUUGCUGAGUACAAUGAGACGGCUCCGCCCAUUGGAGGACCCUGCCAGUGCUCAUGCUUCCCCACCAACUUAGAAUCCCCUGAUCAAGCUGGCCCUAGGGAGCCUCUUUCAGCUCCCUUCUGAAGCUUUUUUAAUUUUUUUUUCCACUGGUAGCAUUACUAUCAUUAGCCAGUGGCUUAGAUGACUGGUUGGCUUGGCUCAUACAAUAUCGUUGGGUUCUGGUUGUUGACCAUUAAAUCCUUGCAUUUAACCAUACUGUAAGCCAUUGAAACUUAGAUUUGUGAUGAAUAACGACAUUUGUAAUCUUGUUGAUUGUAAUUUCAAUAAAAGGGUCAGUUGGGCUCCUUUAAUUUCACUUUUGGGGGUCCCUAGUGAAAGAGAACAUAUUGUCCCA